UUCAUUGCGAGAGCCAUCCUAGCAGGACGAAAAGUAGUGGAGCUGGGUUGGCUACCAUAUGGGGGAGCUUUGUGGUGUAUCUCAAAGCAGCUAAGAGAGUCACCACGGAAGAUCAGCCCCAUUGAGUUAUAGCUGGUGCAGCCACAAAAAAAAAAUUAACUUUGUGCAAAAGCUCCGGGAUCAAAAAAUGGGACUCGGAGCUGAUGAGUACAGUAUAACAAAUAUCGGAUGGAGGAAGGCAGUCGGUGCAACAAAAGGGACACCGGGAUCUGUAGCUAGCGCACGGACUAGUACCCAGUGCAUGCACACUGUAAGGUGGGGUGCAGAGUGCAGGCAGAUGAGGAGAGCCUUCACUUCGAUUAGGAGAGGGAGUGCGGUAUUAUCCAUGCUUUUCUGGCAGAUCUCCCUUUUCCACCUGUCGCUUUGGACACUGGUAGGCAGUCAAGAGUUGCCUCGGAACGGUGAUGGGGUCACUGGCCAUAGUCUGCAUCCACCUUACUUCAACUUGGCAGAAGGUGCCCAGAUCCAGGCAACAGCAACUUGUGGAGAGGAAGAAGGAAACGGCGGGUCCAUUGAAGAUUUGUAUUGCAAGUUAGUGGGUGGUCCAGUGCUCGGAGACCCCAGUCAGACCAUCCAGGGGCAACACUGUGACAUUUGUACAACUGCACUCGGUGAUAAGGCACAUCCAAUAACUAAUGCAAUUGAUGGUACUGAACGCUGGUGGCAAAGCCCUCCUCUGUCCCGUGGACUGCGGUACAAUGAGGUCAACAUCACCUUGGACCUUGGACAACUUUUUCACGUGGCUUAUGUGCUCAUCAAGUUUGCCAAUUCUCCUCGUCCUGAUCUAUGGGUGCUUGAGAGAUCUACAGAUUUUGGGGAGACCUAUACCCCCUGGCAGUACUUUGCUUCUUCCAAGAGAGAUUGCAUUGAGAGAUUUGGCCCUAUGACCAUUGACCGCAUCUCACGAGAUGACAGUGUGAUCUGUACAACAGAAUACUCCCGGAUUGUGCCCCUGGAGAAUGGAGAGCUGGUUGUCUCACUAGUCAAUGGUCGACCUGGUGCAAUGAACUUCAGUUACAAUCGUGACCUUCAAGAAUUCACUAAAGCUACCAACAUCCGCUUAUGUUUCCUAAGGACCAAUACUCUUCUGGGACACCUGAUGGGCAAGACUCAGCGUGAUCCAACAGUUACAAGACGUUAUUACUACAGCAUCAAGGACAUUAGCAUUGGAGGACGCUGUGUUUGCAAUGGACACGCUGAUAUGUGCGAUGCAAAGGACCCCAGUAAUCCCUAUGGGUUACAGUGUGAUUGCAAGCAUAACACCUGUGGUACAUCAUGUGACCGCUGCUGCCCUGGAUAUAAUCAGCUGCCAUGGAAACCAGCAACAACAUACAGUGCUAAUGAAUGUGAAGCCUGCAACUGCAAUGGGCAUGCGUAUGACUGUUACUAUGACCCUGAGGUUGACCUGCGGAAAGCCAGUAUGAAUCGCCAUGGGCGUUAUGAAGGAGGAGGUGUCUGCAUUGAAUGUCAGCACCACACCACUGGUGUGAAUUGUGAAUUGUGUGUACCAGGCUAUUAUAAGUUACCGAACCUGCCAAUCAACUCUCCAUCCAUAUGUGCCCGUUGUAACUGUGACUCCCAAUUCACUGAUGGAACCUGCGAAGAUCUGACUGGUCGCUGUUACUGUAAACCAAAUUAUACCGGAGAAAACUGUCACAUGUGUGCAGGGGGUUAUCAUGGCUUCCCAGAUUGCUACCCUGUGAUCUAUCCUGGAGGAGAGGGCACGCUUCCUGCUGGAGCAAUUGUCAAUUGUGAAUGCAAUGUUACAGGGACUGUAGACAAUGCUUGUCGUCGAGAUGCUGUGUUGAGACGUUGUGUCUGCAAACCAAACUUUCAAGGCAUUUCAUGUGACAGCUGUGCACCUGGCUACUAUGGACCCAACUGCCAGGCAUGUCAGUGCCAAGGGCCUGGGGUAUUUGAUGGAACAUGUGAUUUGGAAUCGGGAAAAUGCAUGUGUCAUGCUGGAUUUGAAGGCUCUGCUUGUACCCAGUGUGCCCCUGGAUAUUUCAACUACCCUCUUUGCCAAUUGUGCAGUUGUAGUGUGGUGGGAACAUUUCCUGAGCGCUGUGAUGCAGCUGGAAGGUGCCUAUGUCGCCCCGAGUUUGAUGGACCUCGUUGUGACCAGUGCAGGGCAGGUUUUCAUUCCUACCCCAGCUGCCAAGCUUGUUCCUGUGACCGUCUGGGAUCAGUGGACAAUACUUGCAGCCCUGCAGGUCACUGCAGAUGUCGGCCAAACUAUGCAGGGGCUACAUGUGGACAGUGUGCACCUGGUUACUAUGGAUAUCCUAGCUGUAGUGCAUGCCACUGCUCCAUUGAGGGUUCCCACAGCAGCGUGUGUGACCAAACAACAGGACAAUGUCGUUGCCUUCCUGGGGUAGUUGGACAGCGCUGUGACACCUGUGUGCCUGGAGCAUAUGGAUAUCCUCACUGUAGAGUUGGUUCCUGUCACCCUGUCGGGUCAAUCAGUCUAGACACAUCCAGUUCACUGCAGGGCUCCUGUGAAUGUCGGCAAAAUGUUGAAGGUGCUGUCUGUGACCAAUGCAAAGCACUUUAUUGGAAUCUUUCCCCAGAUAAUCCUCAUGGCUGCAGUAACUGUAACUGUAACACAGAAGGGACAGUUGCUGGAGUGGCAGAAUGUCACCAGGGAAAUGGACAGUGUUUCUGUAAGCCUAAUGUCUGUGGCCAGACGUGCUCAGUCUGUGAACGGGGUUACUUCAACCUGCAAAAUGGCAGCUACUUUGGCUGUCAAGGCUGCCAUUGUGAUGUUGGAGGGUCUCUCGGCAUGACAUGCAGUGAGAGAACAGGGGUAUGCCAAUGCCGUAAGAAUGUGGAAGGACCUAAAUGCAACCAACCACGCAAAGACUACUAUUUUCCUGACCUUCACCACAUGAAGUUCGAGAUUGAGGAUGGUACGACUCCUGAUGGCAGGGCUGUACGCUUUGGCUACAAUCCGUUGGAGUUUGAUGGAUUUAGCUGGCGGGGCUAUGCGCAGAUGUCAUCCAUUCAGAAUAAAGUUCAAGUCACAGUGCCUGUUGAUGGCGACACUUUAUUCCGAUUCAUCCUGCGAUAUGUUAAUGCACAGAGCACCACGUUGUAUGGCAAAGUUACAGCAUAUCUUGCCCGAAAGAAAGGUACAGAACAGUCUAAACAGAUUACAUUCACUCCAGCUUCUGACCCCGCUUUUGUCACCGUGCCUCAGAAUAGCUUUGGGGAUCCUUUUGUGCUUAAUCCCGGUAUAUGGUCUGUUGUUAUUGAAGCUGAGGGAGUUCUGUUGGAUUACCUGGUGUUACUGCCCAGCGCUUAUUAUGAAGCACCAGUUCUGCAGCUGAAGGCCUUGGAACCUUGUACUUAUAACCCACAGCCUGAGAGAGCUGGCCACAAUUGCUUAUUAUAUAGGUAUUUGUCACUGGACAAUUUCCCCUCAUCUCAUGGGAGUAGUGGAAUGUGUAGGUUCGAUAACAGUCUACCCAGGCCUUGUCCAGUAACCCAGGUUACCCAGUAUCAUCCACCCACAGCUGUGUGUUCCGGAAAUGAAAUCAAUGUCCAGGUAACAGUGUCUGUCUCCCGCCCGGGUGGUUAUGUGCUACUGGUGGAAUACAUCAAUGAAGAUGAGGCUAUGCAGAACAUGGAUGUGGUGGUGAAUACCCCAGGCACCGACAGCCAGCUGGGAAAGGUGUUAAUCUACAAGUGCAAGUUCAGUUUCCCAUGUCGCAGUGCAGUUAUUGAUCAUCAGAAUCGUGUGAAAGUGUUUGAACUGUCAACAGAAGCAGAUAUCCAGCUUAUAGCAGAUAGAGCAAAUUUCUUUUUGCACAAAGUAUACCUUAUCCCAAGCAAGCAGUUUAGUAUGGAGUAUGCAGAACCAAAGGUCCAUUGCAUCAGCACUCAUGGAGUUUUCUCAACAAACAGCAGUAGUUGUGUGCCAUCCAGGUUCAAGAAACCACCUCUUUCUAUCCUCCUUAAAGAAGGGUAUGCAGUAUCCAUCCCGUCCAGCCAGCCUCUUAUUUAUGGGUCAAGAGUCACACCAGUGGAACAAGUUAAUGGACUUCCUGAGCCACCUGUCCGCCCUCCUUCUGCUGUGGAUCCAUCUGACCUCAUCCACCUACGUUCCCAAGAGAAUGUCGUUGUUUAUAACAGCCAUGUGAAGACAUUGGGUCGCUAUGCAUUCAUCUUACACUACUAUCAGCCCAACCAUCCAACCUUUCCAGUAGAAGUGUUGAUCAAUGGAGGGCGUGUCUGGCAAGGUUAUGCAAAUGCAACCUUCUGUCCUCAUGGAUAUGGAUGCCGUAGUCUGGUAAUUUCUGAGAGUCAGGUCAUUUUAGAUGUCACAGACAAUGAUCUGUCUGUCAGCAUUCGAGUCCCAGAAGGAAAAACAAUCUGGCUGGAUUAUGUCCUUGUGGUACCAGCAGAAACUUACAACUCUAGCUGUUUGACUGAAGAGCAUCUGGACAAAUCCUAUGAUUUCAUCAGCAACUGUGGUGCUAACAGUUUCUAUAUCAACCAAGUCACUUCAUCCAGCUUCUGCAGAGAUUUUGCUGUGUCACUUUCUGCUUAUUACAACAAUGGAGCCAAGCCCUGUAACUGCCAUGAGGUAGGGGCAGUUGGGUCUUCGUGUGCCCCAUUUGGUGGGCAGUGUACUUGCAAACCUAAUGUGAUUGGCAGAGACUGUUCCCGCUGUGCUACUGGAUACUGGGGCUUCCCAAAUUGUCGACCAUGUGAGUGUGGCACUCGGUUGUGUGAUGAAAUAACAGGUGACUGCAUCUGUCCCCCACUCACUGUCCAACCUGAGUGCACCAUCUGUCAGCCUCAGACUUUUGGAUGUCACCCCCUGGUUGGAUGUGAAGAAUGUAACUGCUCCAAUGUUGGGGUUCAAGACCUGACAGAUCCUGGCUGUGAUACUGAGAGUGGACAAUGCAGCUGCAAACCUUAUGUGAUUGGCCGACGAUGCGACACUUGUGCUCCUGGUUACUAUGGUUAUCCAAACUGCAGGCACUGUGACUGUAAUGAAGGAGGGACAACUGCAGGUAUCUGUGACCCAGUCACUGGUCAGUGCCACUGCAAGGAAAAUGUCGAAGGACAUAGAUGCGACCGCUGUCGACUUGGAACUUUCUACCUGGAUCCAGCCAAUCCCAAGGGCUGUACCAGUUGUUUCUGUUUUGGAGCCACAGACCGUUGCCACAGUUCCCAAAAAUUUAGGAAAGAGCAUGAAGAUCUCACUGGCUGGAUAUUGGUUAGUGGAGAUCGUCAAGAACUUCCACCGCCUGAAGUGCUAGGGGGCGGUCUUCAGGUCGAUGUGCGUGAUAUCCCUGAUGUUACUCUGGAGUUGUACUGGCAGGCUCCACCAUCCUACCUCGGGGAUCGGGUGUCGUCUUAUGGUGGACAUCUGCAGUACCAGCUUAGCACUGUCCUGGAGAGAGGGGACAAUCUCAUUUUGCCAGUGGAGUCACGGCCUGAUAUUAUUCUGAAGGGCAAUCAGAUGACAGUAGUGUAUCGAGAGAAGAUUUAUUCUGGUCCAGGAGAGGUUCACCAAGGCCAUGCCAAACUUGUAGAGGACAGUUUUAGGCAUUCUCAGACUCACAAUCCUGUCACUAGGGAAGAACUGAUGAUGGUUUUGGCAAACCUGGAGGCGUUACACAUUCGCGUCCUUUACUCACAGAAUUCUAAAUAUGUUAUGCUGAGUCGUCCAGUUCUGGAAUAUGCCUCGGAAACAACUGUGGGAACUGCAGCCAAAAAUGUGGAGAUCUGCUUGUGCCCAGCAAAUUACAGAGGGGAUUCUUGCCAGGAAUGUGCUCCUGGAUUCUAUCGAGAUACCAAAGGCCUUUUCCUUGGCAAAUGUGUUCCAUGUAAUUGCAAUGGUCACUCAGACCAGUGUCUACCAAGUUCUGGCAUCUGUGUGAACUGCCAGCACAACACAGCUGGGGAUCGCUGUGAGAGAUGUAGGAGUGGGUUUGUUGGCAAUGUCACAGAAGGGCAGCCACUGACCUGUCUGGGAUGCCCAUGCCCCCUUCAGACUGCUUCUAACAAUUUUGCAAUGGGUUGUGUUGAACGGGGAGAUGCCACCCAGUGCCUCUGCAAACCUGGUUAUGCAGGAGCCCAUUGUGAGCGGUGUGCUCCCGGUUACUAUGGCAACCCGAUGGUGAUUGGCAGCUCAUGUAAACCAUGCAAUUGUAAUGGGAACACAGACAGCAACAUGCUUUUUAGUGAAUGUGACUCCCUAACAGGAGUGUGCAUCGGGUGUAUGCACAAUACUGCAGGACCUCACUGUGAACAGUGUGCCCCAGGAUACUUUGGAGAUGCUGUGGUGAAAAAAGACUGCAAAAAAUGUAAUUGUUCUCCCUGUGGCACAGAAUCAUGUGACCACAGAACAGGAGCAUGUCGUUGCAAAGUUGGUGUGACUGGUCCGCGUUGUGACCGUUGUGAGGAUGGGUACUAUGGAUAUGACAGCUGUACAGGAUGCCAACAUUGUACAUGUGGUGUAGCAGCUCUUAACCCAGUAUGUCACUCUCAGACUGGUCAGUGCAGCUGUCCUACUGGAGUCACUGGUCAGAGCUGUCAGCAGUGUGCACCUGGCUUCUGGAAUUAUGGACCCAGAGGUUGUACAAGAUGUAACUGCAGAACUGGUUCCUGUAAUCCACUCACUGGUGAGUGCACUUGUGCAGAUGGAGUGAGUGGUCCACAAUGUGAUACCUGCUCACAAGAGAACCACAUCCCCAUUGUCAUUGGAGCAGGAAAUGUAAAUUGUGAACCCUGUGACAGUUGUGUGCUGGUCCUUCUGGAAGACCUCAAGAAAAAUGAAGCCUCAUUCACAGACAUUCGUAACCAGUUGGGUAACCUCAAUGCUAGCUCAGUUGCCUGGACACGACUGCGAGGGCUUAACAGCUCCAUCACAAGCACCAAUACUCAGUUACAGCAAUACCAACAGAUGAUAGAAAAAGUUCGAAAUUCAGUGGAAGAGCUGAAUACACACAAUCAGCACUUGAAUGUAACCUUGGACACGCUACAGACAAAGGCAGAGACAACUCAUACAGAAGCAAAACAGGUGUCAGAGAUCACUAAAGAAACUCGCAAGAGCGGUGAAGAUUUGCUGAUACAUAUUCAAGGGAUUCUAAGGAAUAUUUCAGAUCUGGUCAAGCAACUGAACAGCACAACAGAUUCUGACAGCCCAGCAACUACUGCUACUUCAGAGGAGAUGAGGCAAAAACUAGCUGAGGCUGUCAGGUUGUUGGCAAAGAUGAGAGCCCGCAGCUUUGAUAUUCAGAAUGGAGUUGCAGACACUGAGAUGAAGGAGGCACAUAAAUUGUUAGAAAGAGUGAAGAAUGAAUUGACAAAACAUUGGGAUGAAAAUACAAAGCUCUCAGUUUUAAUCAGAGAUCAUCUUACAAAAUUUGUCUCUAAGCUGAUGGAUCUUCGAGAUGCCCUGAACGAGGCAGUGAAUAAUACUAGAACAGCCAACGACCUCAGCAACAUAAAUGAAAUUGGCUUGGAAAAGCAAAAGCAAAAGGUAAAGGACCUACAGAAUGAGUAUCAGAAAGUCCAGGACUCGCUGAAGAUGGCUGAAGAUGCAUUGCUUCAAGUUUCAGAUCUGCUGCAGAUGAUUGACAAUCUAAAAGAUGAGUUUGAGAAGUUAGCAGCAAAUUUGGAUGGAGCACGUGGACGUCUUCUUGAGAAAGUGAGCACAUUUUCCCCAGCCAUCUCAAAAAUUCCUCUUGUCGAACAGGCUGAGGAACAUGCUAAACUCCUGGACCAACUUGCGCAAAACCUUUCCAGCAUUAUUCGUGAUACAAACCAAAAUGGCUUUAUCCAGCGUGCCAUAAAUGCCUCCAAUGCCUAUGCCAGUAUUAUAGAGGCUGUGAAGAAUGCUGAGAAGGCCGCAAAUGAAGCUGGAGUUGCAGCAGACAGUGCCCUGAAGAAUGCCACAUCAGCGAACCUUCGUUCCAUUUCAGAGCGGAUGAAGAACAAGAGCAUCGAACUUGAGGAGAGCGCUAGUCAAGCACACAGAAACCUAAACAACAAUUUGAAGCCGGUACUUAAUAAGACCAAGGAGAAUCUCAAAGAAGCACAGAAGAAACACAGGCAGCUUCUGCAGGACUUGCGGAAUGCUCAGAGCCAGCUGAGCAUAGAACGUGGUAAUAUAUCUGAGACAAUACAGAAAGCAAAGGACACUGCUUCUGAAGCCAAUACCACAGCAACCAGAUUACAAGAUGGGCUGAACGACAUGAGAAAGAAUCUGGAAAAGUGGAAUGGGACAUAUGGAGACAUUAGCAGUGAAGACCUGAAUUCUGCUCUUGAGGAAGCUAAAAAGUCAGCUGGAACAUUGGCAACAACCAUCCCUGUUCUCUUAGACAAACUGACUUCCCUGGAGAACAAGAAAAACCAGAGUAUGAACCUCUCAGAGAACAUUCUUCGUGUACGACAGCUGAUCUCCCAGGCCAGGAAUGCUGCAAGCAAGGUGAAAGUUUCAAUGAAGUUUAAUGGCCAUUCAGGUGUCCAGGUCCGAUUACCCACCAGGCCUCAAGAUCUGUCAGCUUAUACUGCCCUGAAGUUGUAUAUUCGUGCACCAGAAGUUAGCAGAGAAAACCAGCAGGCCGCUUCUGGUUACUUUAUUCUCUAUCUGGGAAAUAAGGAUGCCUCUGGAGACUACAUUGGGAUUAUUAUGAAAGAACAGAAACUAAAAUGGGUAUACAAAUUGGGAGAAGAAGAAGCAGCUACCCUUGAUAUUGAUGCAGAAAUUGGAACUGAAUUUGCUACCAUUCGUGUGGAAAGAAUCCUGCAGUAUGGCCAGAUGUCUGUGACUGUACAGAAAAGUGACCGGCAGCUGGAGACCAAAGGUACCGUCAUUGCUAAGGGACAGUUGGGACUUCUUAAUGUUGAUCCCCAGAAGAUGAUCUUUUAUGUUGGAGGCUACCCAUCAGAAUUCUCGCCACCAGGAGAACUCAACCUCCCAGGCUAUGAGGGCUGCAUUGAAACAGACACACUAAAUGAAGAAGUCAUAAGUCUUUACAACUUUGAGAAGGUCUUUGAUGUGGAUAACGAUCGUGAUAGACCUUGUGCGAGACCUAAAUCUUCUGGAGAUCCCUGGAGCAGUGACGCAUCUUAUUUUGAUGGCUCUGGAUAUGCAGAAAUUGGCUUAACUGCUAAUUUUGCAGUGACAAAUCGUUUUGAGCAGGAGGUCCGCAUAGUUUCUUACAAUGGAAUAAUCUUCUUCAUCGAAAAUGAGGGAAAAUUUGUAUGUCUGGCUGUUAAGGAUGGCAAGUUGGUUCUGUACUAUGACACAGGUAAUGGUCUCCAGAUUGUCAGCAACAUCACAAGCACAGCUUCUCCAACAAGUCAAGAGAUCGGUGGUGCAGUGACCAAGCUGAUUCAAGUCAUUCUUCAGUACCAAAGUAACAAAUUUAAAAUCUACAUCCGUAUGGAUCGUAAAGCUGUCUACAGUGUAAAUAUUGAUGGUGAUGGACCAAAAGCUGACAAAUAUUACCUAGGAGGGAUCCGGCCAGAUAAAUUUCCUAACAGCCUGAAGGAGAUUUUCCCUACGGGUGGAUCAAUUCGUGGAUGUAUGAGGGUAAUAAAAGCCCUUGACAAGUACAUUGAUUUAAAACGUGAGAACACUACAGGUGUCAGUUAUGGCUGCUCUUCAGAAUUACUGAUUUCACGUUUUGUUCGAUUCACUGGAGAUGGCUACAUAAAACUAGAACCUGAAAGUCUUCCUGGAUUGCAGGACAACUUCCAUUUUGGAUUUGGAUUCAGGAGUGCACAGAACAACGGCCUUAUGUUUCAAUAUAAAGGAGAUGGAACAUGUGAUGUUUCUCUAAAGAAUGGAAAGAUAUCCAUGAAGUUCCAAGAUGAAGAAAUUGAGUCUUCAAACACAUUUUCAGAUGACAUCAGUCACUAUGCAACCUUCUACAGCAAUAAUGGCUUGGUGACAUUCUAUGUGGAUGACAAACUUGAAAAACAAACUAGAGUCAGAAGUGGAGCAGCCCAGCUGAGCACCCCUGUGGAUAAGGGGCAGGUUUAUCUUGGUGGCCUCCCAGAUGCAAGCCAGGAUACCAGCCUCGUGGGAUGUGUCAGUAAUGUAUUCCUCAGAAGAACUGGUACAUCAGUACCUCAGGUGGUGAUGGAUCUGCAGCAGAAUGUCGGAAACGUUAAUGUCUCCAUGAGCUGCCCCAGUGAACAGCAACCCCAGCAGAUGCGAGCUUUACAGAAGAAAUCCAGGAGAAAAAUGAAGAGUGCACCCAAGCUCACUAUAAAAGGUCGGAGACACCAUGUAGAAAAAUCCUGCCGGCUUCCUCAAUAUCCCAAGGUAGUUCCUGGAGCUUUUCAUUUUGGACAAUCUCCAAAGAGCCGUUUUGAAUAUGACAGUCUUCCUGCAACAUUCCAAAAUCAGUUUCACUUCUCCAUGGAGGUCAGACUGGAGUCCCCUAGUGGGUUGCUGCUGUAUGUAUCCAAUGAUCAGGAAAGCUCUUUCCUGGCCCUGUAUGUUUUCAAUGGGUACCUGGUUUUCCUGGUUCAUAUUCAAGGCGAGAAACUGCGAACGAAAAGCAAAGAGAAAUACAGUGAUGGCAGGUGGCACACGGUCUUUUUCAGCAGAGUGAACAACAAGAUUCAGCUGUUAAUAGAUGGCUUGAAAAUUCAGUCCAGUACCUUGCCUCAGGUGGGUUACCUCAAGGUUCAGACCCCAAUGUACGUGGGUGGAGUGCCUGCAGAGAAAGCAAAUAAAAACAUUCCAUCUGCAGCACUGAAUAGCUUCAAGGGUUGCAUGAAGAACCUUCAACUAGAUGGCAAGCUAGUAGAACCCCCAAGUCGAACCUACAAAGUAGAACCAUGUUUUGUGGGGGCACUUGAAGAGGGAAUCUUCUUCUCAGCUGAAGGAGGUUAUCACACCUUAGACAACACUGUCACAAUUGAACAGGAUUUUGAACUAUUACUUGAAGUUCGUCCAAGAAGUCAGACAGGUAUCCUUUUCCAUGCCGGAGCCAAAAAAGAGCAAUAUCUAAUACUAUACAUGGACAAUGGAAAGGUUAUUGUUAAGGUGAACCGAGGUGCUGGUGAAUAUGCAGUGGCAGUAACUCCCAACGAAUCGAUGUGUAAUGGACUGUGGCACAAAAUUGCAGUGAUCAAGAGACAUAAUGUCAUCCAGGUUGAUGUAGAUACAGAACGGAAUCACACAGUAGGACCUUCCCAGACCUAUCCUAUUGUCAGCAAGGAAAUGGUCUAUGUAGGUGGAGUUCCAGAUAAACUUGACAUCGUACCGUGGUCUUCUCCUCAGACAUAUGUGGGAUGCAUAAGAAAAGUUGUAAUUAAUCAAAUGCCUGUAAACUUUUCCAGCAUGGGUUCUAGCCAUGGAACAGUCAGACUUAAUGGUUGUCCAGUUAUGUAAAUAAACAAAAUGUGUGAUUAUAUAGAGCACCUGCACUGACAAGUUAAACAACCGAUUCCAGUGAACACUUCCUUGUGGAAUUACUUUGCAGUUGCAAGUAACUGUUUCUAAUGUGGACUGUGUGCUAAAGGACUAACUUCUUUGGCAUGUGAUCAGAAUUACCGUCAUAGGUAAUUGUGUGCAUAUAAUGGUUCUGGUUACAGAGGACAUGUUUCUGCUUGCACAUAAGUUGCAUACAGUAUCCAAUGAUCUUGUAGAAGUUGUUGGUCAUCAUAAAAUGAGUUUACUAUCUCCAGUUUAGAUGCUGGUAUGGGUUUCUUUUUCUGAGAACCCUGCUUGUGACAUUCAUGUCAUACAGCUUCCAAGCCACAGCCGUUUCACAGUAGCCACCAUUAUUUCUUUAUAGACAUCACUUUGCAAACACAGUACAUCUGGCUACAUCAGCCCUGUAUGUGUUCUGUUACUAUUGUAAUUUCAGUAAGGUUGUAAAAUAUGUAGUAAAAACACAAGAGCAGAAAAGGAGUGCACCGCCCAAGUUUUAUAAUUUAUUUAUUUACUCAUACUUUUAUACAUAUAUAAAUAUAUAUAUUUCUUAGAGUUGUUAAUAUUUUUAUCUGCUUUUCUAAUGAAUAUGCCAAUACACAUACACUGGUUAGAAGCAACUCUUAUGUCACUUUUAUCUAUCCCAUUCUUACAGCAAAGAGUUAAAAGUCCCUUCCAAAGUGAAAGGAUUAGUUGUAAUCUUUUGCUGCACAUGUGCAAGUGUACCCUACCCCCUGCCUGGAAAUUAUAGUUCAUACAAUGCCUUCUCCUUCCCCAGUUGGCAGUAGUAGUUGUGGACAAGUCUGCACUAGUACAAAGAGAGAUCUGAGGAAGUCCUGGGACUCCAGCUCUUUUAGUUAUCCAUUUUGGAAUCUGUAUAACAAGAUUUCUGAAAGUAUUCCUCAAGUUUUCUUUUUCUGGGCAAACAGUGAGUAAAUCUCUUGCAAUACUGGUUCACUGAUGCACUUACUGGAUACACAUCACCCAGAAAAAAAAAUAGCUGCUUUUUUUUUUUUGUCCCUCUUUUGACUUGGAGGUGGGUGACAGGUUUCUGUUUGUUUAAAAAUACUGUAUUUUGUAAGUAUGAAAAAUGUACAACUGUAUUAUGGCCACUUUCUAAAAUUCAGCUUUAAUGUAAAACAUUGGUACACAAUUUAUCAAAAAAUAAACUUCAUACCAUCUAUGAGAUUUAAAAGCAAA